GAUAUGUUGAUGAAAAUAGGGUUCCAAUUUCAUCUCCUUUCUCCAGAGAAUUUAUGGAAAUAAUGGAGACAAUAUUAAAAAGUCCUUAUUACACUCCAGAUCCACAAAAGGCUUGCUUAUUUGUUCCAUCUCUUGAUCUCUUAAAUCAGAAUAAUGUUAGAUUAAAAGAAAUGUCCCAAGUAUUAGCUUCUCUACCUUUCUGGAAUGGAGGAGUCAAUCAUUUAUUAUUUAAUUUAUUGCCAGGAAGUGUGCCUGAUUAUAAUGCAGUUUUGGAAGUAGAAAGAGGACGAGCAAUGAUUGCUGGUGCUGGAUUUUCAUCUUGGACAUAUAGAAGAACUUUAGAUGUCAGCAUUCCUGUUUACAGUCCAUUUGCACGAAAUAACAAAUUACAAGGAUGUUCAGAAAGGUCAUCAAGAAAAUGGCUUGUUGUUUCAGCACAAACUAAUAUUCAUUAUGAAUAUAAAAAUGAAUUGGAUGCUUUGGCUGCAGAACAUCCAGAACUGUUAGUAUUAGGAAAAUGCUCAGAAGAAUUUAGGAAGUCAAAAAAUGAAAGUUAUCGUUGUCAUGGAAAUACUAGUUAUUCAUAUCCUAAUAUUUUAGAGGAAGCUACAUUUUGUCUUCAUAUUCGAGGUGCAAGACUUGGUCAAACUAUGCUUAGUGAUGCAAUGAUGGCAGGAUGUAUACCAGUAAUUAUUGCUGAUGGAUAUAUUAUGCCAUUUUUUGAAGUUAUUGAUUGGCAGAGAGCUGCUGUUUUCAUUUAUGAAGAUGAUCUGCCACAGUUGAUGCAUAUUUUGAAAGGAUUUUCUGAUGAAAAUAUUUCAGAAAUGAGAAGGCAAUGCUGUUUUUUGUGGGAAAAGUAUUUUAGCAGUAUUAGUAAUAUUGUAAAAACAACGUUAAAAAUAAUAAAUGACAGAGUUUUUCCACAUGUCUCUCAUACAUAUGAAGAAUGGAAUGAUUUUCCUAGAAAGUUUGGUGUUUCUGCUCCUCUGUUUCUACCUGUUAUUGCACCAAAGUCUCAAGGUUUUACAGCUGUUAUAUUAACAUAUGACAGGUUAGAAAGCCUGUUUCAAGUUAUUUUGAAAGUAGUCCAAGCCCCCAGUUUAUCUAAAGUUCUUGUUGUUUGGAAUAAUCAAAAGAAACCACCACCACCUGCAUCUAUGUGGCCCAAGAUAAAUAAACCAUUAAAAGUAGUUCAAACACGAGAAAAUAAAUUAAGUAACAGAUUUUAUCCUUAUGAUGAAAUUGAAACAGAAGCUAUUCUUGCUAUUGAUGAUGAUAUCAUUAUGCUAACUGCAGAUGAACUUGAAUUUGGUUAUGAGGUAUGGCGGGAGUUUCCAGACAGGAUUGUAGGAUUUCCUUCGAGAGUUCACCUGUGGGAUAAUAAUACGCGGAAAUGGAAGUAUGAAUCAGAAUGGACAAAUGAAAUAUCUAUGGUAUUGACUGGUGCAGCAUUUUACCAUAAGUAUUACAGUUAUUUGUAUACCACGGCCAUGCCGGGAGACAUAAAAAGCUGGGUAGACGAACACAUGAACUGCGAAGACAUUGCGAUGAAUUUCUUGGUGGGAAACAUGACAGGAAAGGCACCCAUCAAAGUGACUCCUCGAAAAAAGUUCAAAUGUCCUGAGUGCACCAACGUCGAAAUGUUAUCAGCAGAUAUCGUUCAUAUGGCCGAAAGGACGGUGUGCAUUAACAAAUUUGCACAGAUUUACGGAGUGAUGCCUUUGAAAUCGGUCGAGUUCCGAGCCGAUCCCGUUCUGUAUAAAGACAAUUUUCCAGAAAAGUUGAAGAGAUUUAACAAUGUCGGAAGUUUAUAAUUUAUUCCAGCAACGUCCGUCGUUAAGUGUAGUCAAUGCAUUCCAGUCAACUGUUUUAGGACGGAAUUACACAAGAAAGCGCAUUUUUCUCAUUGAAAGGAAUCUCCGAUUAAUAAUUGUACUUAAUUAUUUUAAGUACUUCUGUAGCUUCCUACUUUAAUCUGUUCACGUGGAAUUGUAAUGUAUGGCAAAUGUGUUGUUUAACAUUUUCUUUUAAAGUGUUUUAUUCCAUUUAUUUUAGUUGAAGUUUAAAUUGAAACUAUUUUAAACUUAUGCAAAACAUUGUAUAUUUGUAAUUUAAACAUUAAAAUUCUUGUUUGAAUUGUAAAUUGGAGCAGCUAAUUCCGCGUUGUUGUAGAACUUUGGAGACUAUCAACAUAAAAAAAACAUUGUAAACCUUUAAAUUUUAAUAAAUCUUAGACU